UUUCUUUUCGCUUAGCUUUCCCACUCGAACAAGGAUUUCGCUAUUCCAGAACCGAAUCCUUCACCUUCACCUACUUAAAUUCUACUCCAACUCAAAUACUCUUUCUUCUACAACUCCUUAAUCUAUAUAAACCUUUUUACUGCUCGAUCCCACCUCCACAAGUUUCCCGGUGAAGGCCAAGGUCUUCUAACAAUCCCAAAUUCUUCACCAUGAUGCUCAGAAUUCGAAGUCGCGAUGGUCUGGAGCGAGUUUCUGUUGAUAACCCGCAUAUCACAGUGGCCCAACUCCAGUCUUUAAUUCAAUCCCAGCUUCAAAUUCCCAUACACAAUCAAACUCUCUCAACCAACCAAAACCUCCUGCUUGCUAAAACUCAUGAAGAUCUUCUCCGAUUUACUGAUAUGUCUAACCCCAAUACCCCUCUUUCUGCUCUCAAUCUCUCUCACGGGUCUAUCGUAUUUCUGGCCUACGAGGGAGAACGUAGGGUUGCUGGGCCAGCGUUCAGCCCUGCCGGCUCCUUCGGCCGCAAGAUGACCAUGGAUGAUCUAAUCGCCAAACAAAUGCGAGUUAGCCGACAGGAAAACCCGCAUUGCGAGUUGGUUUCCUUCGAUCGGGAUUGUGCCAACGCGUUCCAGCAUUAUGUGAAUGAGACCCUCGCUUUCGCGGUGAAAAGAGGGGGAUUCAUGUACGGUACCGUCUCGGAGGUGGGCAAGGUUGAGGUGAAUUUCAUAUACGAGCCACCCCAGCAAGGUUCGGAAGAUAAUUUAUUGUUAUCCAGGGACCCCGAUGAGGAGAAGUUAGUGGAAGCUAUUGCGGUAGGGUUGGGGAUGAGGAAAGUUGGGUUUAUAUUCACACAGACCAUCAGUCAGGAUAAAAAAGAUUAUACUUUGUCAAACAGGGAGGUUCUUCAGGCUGCGGAGUUACACGCGGAGAGUGGGUUGAAUGAGUGGGUGACAGCUGUAGUGAAGCUGGAGGUGAAUGAGGAUGCUGGUGCGGAUGUUCACUUUGAAGCUUUUCAGAUGAGUGAUACGUGCAUUAAAUUGUUCAAAGAAGGAUGGUUUGAAACAGAAAUUGGUAACGAUGACGAUCCCAAGUUGUCAAAGAUGAAGAAAGAUGUAGUUGUUGGAGUUAAAGAUACUAGAGAGGUUGAUAAUGACUUCUUUUUGGUGGUGGUAAAGAUCUUUGAUCAUCAGGGUCCACUUUCAUCCAUAUUUCCCAUUGAGAACCGGAACACUCAAGUUACAAUGAAGGCACUGAAGAAUCAUCUUGAGCGCACAAAAAAUCUUCCAUUUGUAAAGAGAAUAUCUGAUUUUCAUCUUCUCCUCGUCCUAGCAAGGGUUUUAGACGUGGCUGCUGAUGUACCGGCAUUGAUGGAAUGCGUGCAGACACAGAGUGCUGUACCAGAAGGUUACCAGAUCCUGAUUGAGUCCAUGGCCAAUACUGCUUGAUGUUGUGUGCAGCAAACCAGAUGUACCAUGAGCUUCUAAUGCAUUUAGGUUUAAGGUCCUCCGCUGUUAUGUGAUUUUCUUUACAAUGCUAUUUAUAGCUUCCGAGCCCCUUCCUGCCUUGUGACUGCUUUGAGUUAUACAAUGCUUGUAUGCCUGGUUACUUGUACAUUGGUUCAUUUAAUCUAUAAAUGCUGCUGAAAGCUUUGAAUUUCUCUUCACUGGAAAAG